AUGGGGGCUACCCCUAGCGGCGAGGAGGAAGGCGGGGCGUCUCUUUCUCCAAGCGGCGAUGGCGAUGGCGAUGGCCGCGAUCUCCACCGCGCGAGAUGCCGCCACGGCGAUCUUCUGGAGAGCACUCGUGAAGAGAUGUUUCCCAAUCCUUCGCAGCAUGAGCAAAACGCGAAUGCCGCCGCCACUCACUCCAAGCAUUCGCCGGAGAAUGGCGACGCCGCAAAUCCAGUUUUUCAUUUCCAUCGCCACUCCAACUCCAAUCCACUCGACAGCAUUCUCAUCACCCGCAUCCACUCCGACCGCAGCGCUUCGGCACCGCCACCGGCACCCGUGCCUCCUUCGCAUCCUCUUAUCCGCGAUUUCCACCAGCAUUCCUCCUCUUCUUCUUCUUCCUCCUCAUCUUCUCCACAGCAUAUCUCUCCCGUUGCUCCUCCAGUGCCUUCUUUGCCUCCACUGCCGCCAAGUUUUUUGCCUCCUACCCGAGCUCCGGUCCCAAGGCCGCCAAAUCUAUCGCUCCCCCGGCACAGCGCAGGCUCGCACGCUGACGACGAACCAAUGUCGAGUGUUACCUCGCUUCACCUUAGAACUCCCAGCCCGUCAACAAGGUGGCAGCCCUUCCCUCGGACACCAAGCUUGCCUUCUUCUAGUCCUCUUUCGGGGCCCUGGCACGGUCGAAACUCCAGAGAAGUAAGUCCGCAUGGAUAUUACUCGGACUUUGGGGAGGCUUUUACGACACCCGGCCCUUCCAGUCGUGCAAGCGCUCUAUGCAGCCAUCAAGAAGAGGUUGAGGAGAUCGUAGAGAGAAGACAAAGCAGGCCCGAGCAUCAGGAAGGUGUUCCUCGAAGCAAAGUUGCCGUCGGCAACAGUGACUCGCUAGACGGUGGCGAGCAAGCAUCAGUUCUCGAUCCAAGUAUGUUAUGCUUUCAAAGUUUUUGA